AUGAAUGGUGAUAGUAAAAAGUUCCUUUCACUCUCCAAAAUAAAUGGAGGAAGAGUUUCCUUUGGUGAUGGCAAAAGGGGAAUUAUUACUGGAGUUGGAAAAAUUGGCACAUCUAAAUUAAGAGCAUUGGAAGAUGUCUAUAUUGUAGAAGGAUUGAAGCACAACCUAUUGAGCAUUUCACAACUAUGUGAUAAAGGAAUAGAUUUGACCUUUCUGAGUAUAAUGGAAAAUGAUCCCUUCCUCUGGCACAGGAGACUUGUACAUGCAAGUCUAAAACAGCUAAACAUACUUUCUUCCAAAGAUAUGGUAUUGGGUUUUCCCAAGACCAAGUUCAAGGAAGACAAGCAGAAGUAUGUCAAGGAAUUUCUCAAAAGAUUUCCCAUGGAAGAGGCAAAAGAGAUCAGCACUCCAAUAGCCACUGCCAUAAAAUUUGAUUUGGAUGAAACAGGUCUUGAUGUGGAGCAAAAGUUGUAUAGAGGAAUGAUAGGAUCAUUACUAGAUGCUGGAAUAUUCAAGCAAUUUUGUCUAUCUUGUUCAAAAAGGUUAAGAUACAGUCCUCCUACAUUUCAUCUUCUUCUUUUUCCUCCUUAA